CCGACUGACAACCGCAGUGGCAAGACCAACCCGAACGUCAAGGGCGAUGCUGGCGAAACCAAAUACAGCAAGAAGACGACCAGCGACACCAGCACCCGCGACAACGACAACGACAAUCAGCCGACUGACAACCGCAGUGGCAAGACCAACCCGAACGUCAAGGGCGAUGCUGGCGAAACCAAAUACAGCAAGAAGACGACCAGCGACACCAGCACCCGCGACAACGACAACGACAAUCAGCCGACUGACAACCGCAGUGGCAAGACCAACCCGAACGUCAAGGGCGAUGCUGGCGAAACCAAAGACAUCUUCAAGAUCUCCAGCAGCACCGGUACCAACCGCGACAACGUCGAUCAACCGACUGGCAACGCUAAAGUCGAGUCCAACCCAAAGGGCAAGACCGGGAAGAGCGGUGUCACCCCUCGAGCUCUCCGGGGCUAA